AUGGCUCGUGAUGCUAAGCACUACAGCAGUGCACGCAAUGGAGGAAGUACAAAUUCUCUUGAGCGUAGGGGGAGGGGACGAGGGGGUCGUCCAGGAUACAGUCAACUCAAUACAAAAAAAACGUCCACAGUUACGGUGGCUCAGACCCUCUCAUCUGUUGAUCCCAAGAGUCGUAAGUACAAGAGAGGUCGCAACGAGCUUGAUGCCGAGCCAGAAGAUAGAUAUGAGAAUUUUACAUUUCCUAACCAUAAACCAUCCCGUAAUCAAAAUAAUAAUGGAAAGAAAAAGAACAGUUGGACUCUGACAAAGACUCCAAAGGUAGGGGAAUAUUCUGAUCUUGCAACUGCUGCUGCGAUAGUGGUACCUUCAUCCUCAGAGGCCGUAGCAGCUCAGACUACCAUUUCACUGUCUUUAGGUCCACCCAUGGCCACUUCCAGGGGGAAUUUUACGCGCCCGAAUUCAUCGCCAGGGACCACGGAGUUCGCCUUCUGGCAUCGCCUUGUGGACCACCAACGGCUACUGGAUUCGCUGAGCAACAGCGGUGCAGCCUUGGCAGCUUCUGACCCUCUUGACGCAUCAGAACCGAUGUCCGAAGGCUCUGAAAUGAGUCUUUUUUCAAUAAGCGAAGAUCGUCUACGGACCUGUGUUCAGGCCACCUUGGAUCUCAAGGGCUUGAUUACUUAUCGACACCGCCGCGACAUGGAUCCGCCAUCGCUGAUGGAGGGAUGGUGCAUCCCCCGUUCUUAUUUUUGUGCGGUUUUGGCUUUGGCCAGGUUGUGUGAAUCAUCUAUUCCCACUCGAUUCCCCCCGCUUAUUGCGGCCGAUAUGGUCUCCCCACUCGAUAACAAUGAUGUGGAGAAUGAAGCAGGAAAUGAGGAUAGUCGAGCGUGGUGGCCUUCGCCUGUGUCGUUAACCGCUGUGCAAGAGCGUUUGGCUUGCGCACGUCGUGUACUACAGCUUCGCUACGUAUACAGCAUGUUAGCCCCUUUCGUGAGGAACUGCAAUACUAUUGCCGAACUCACGAAGUUGCUUAUGCCUCUUAGAGAUCCACCUCCUGGCCUGCGUGCCGGAAGCGACCGGAACAAUUAUUGGAAUGGCUCCAACCGAUUUGUGUCGUUUCCUAGCACUUCCCCGCAUCGAGUUGAGGAGCGAGUUCUUUCGGAGCUCCUUCUAUUGGCUAACCAAGAUUGUGCGAUUGAUACAGAAUCGUGGGGUUCAUUUGCGACGCUUCCUCUCUUGAAGGUGCGGAAUGGUAUUUAUACAAUGCACCGUGCGUCGCGACAAGAUACCCUGAAGAAGCUACUAAAAAGAGAAGAGGAGCUCUAUGGCUUGCCACCGUUUUUGCGCUUCAUCCGGCGUGCAGGCGUAGGGUCUACUCCGGUGUAUAGCCAUACUGGAAGUUUUGUUGGCCCAGAAUUGACUAGUAUUCCGGUGGUUGGUGUCCAACACACAACGUCUGCACUCUUACAUAAUAUCCAAAAUCGAUCUACUAAUGGGGUUUGUGCCGAUAGCCGUUCUGGUAUGACCAAUAGCAACCAGAGCUACUUUUUUCCUUCCCCAGAAUCACUUGAACCCGACGCAUUUGCGUUUCCAGACCCUGCGUACUACCCGACAGUGCAGGAGGAGUUGAUCGAGAUCGCCGCAAAGCACAGUUGCUUCGGCCUCGUGAUUGGGGAGGCGGACCAUAUAUUGAAACUAUGGAAAGACUGGGCCCUUUAUUGGACACAUUUAGAAAGGCCUCAACGGAAGCAGGAGCAUGACCAGGCAGACAGCUCGUCUCCCGCAUCGAUAGGUACUGAGGCGAAACGGAGUGUGUGGCUUGAUAACCUAAAUGAAAAAGUGAGACCACAUAAUAAUGGAGAUGUGAGGAGUGAAACAAAGCAAAGGUUUCAUCAAGGAAAGGCCGAGUCGCCACUGCGGGAUCCGUUGCUGCCGUUUGUUUAUUCCGCUACGAACAGUCACAAAGGUACGAAAGAAACACCCUCCAGUGAAUUUUCCCUCAAGACCGCUGCAAGUGGUGAUCAUGGCAGCGAGGGUUCCAAGGCGAAUGGAAGUCCGCAUUCCGUAUUCUGGCUCUGUGGGAAUCGUUGGUCUACCCAAACGUUGUACUAUGGGUUGGUAUUCGAAGUAGAAUUGCAGAGUGAUAUAGGAAAGUACGACCAAGGUGAUGGAAUGACUCCAUUUGCACCACUGGAUGCUGAUUCUUUAGAUAAUAAAUUACUACACAAGGCUGAUGUGAGAGGGAUGAAUAUUUGCAGCCCAUUAAUUUAUUAUCCAAACUGUCUCCUAGAGCUUUCUCGAUAG